CGGUUAUUAUUUUAUUUUCUAUAGUUAUAUCAUAAUAUGAUUGUAAAAAUAUUAAAGAAAAUUAAAUUUGAAUAACAUAUUACAUUAUAACAAUAACAAAAAAAUGAUGAUACGUGUGACUCUACUAAUAGCUGUCCUGCGAUUAGACAUACCUCGUUUUAUGCAGUGUUAUCAUGAAAUCUGAAUCUUUAAUAAUAAUGUUGUGUUAUGGAAUAUCGCCAUAAAAAAAUAAGAUAACAAAGACCACCACAUCUAAAUCUCAUCAACUGACUCGGAAACCCUGUGAGUGAUAAAACUAUCUUAAAUGCCAUCAAAGAUUUUCGGAUUUAAAAAGGAACAACACCGAUGGCAUCGAUGCAAUCACAGAUGAAUUAAAGAACACAUGGUAUAAUUAUAAUUAUUUCAUGGGUAUAAUUAUUGUUAUCAUGUUACCGAAAAUUUUUUGAUAACACGUCUAAACGCUCACGCAUGCAAAUAAUCGUUCGUUUUGGAACUAUAAGCAAAGCGGUUAUAAAUGCUUUAAGCUAAAGUGAACGAUUUGUGAGCGUGAGCACUGUUUUAUUUUGAACUCUGAAAGCGUCUGACUCCACAGUAAAGACAGCCCCGUCCAAACAGACUAUCUAAAUUUUAUUGUGUUAUGCUAUCACUGACUUUACAAAUUUCCUUUAUCUCUGGUUAUUACUGAAGUAGAGUUUGGUAACAUUUUUAUUUUUCUGUAAUUUUUUACUAACUUUUAACUUUAACUUACUAGUUUUUGUUGGACAUUAAAACUUAAAAACCAAUGAUUAAAUGAUUGUUCCUUUAGUAUUUAUUAUUUCACCAUUUAGGAUUAAUCUAAUGAAUCAACAAUAAAUGUUAAUAAGGAAUUAAAAAACUGUUUUUCAUACUAUACUAGAAUGUUUGUUAUGACAUCUCGACUCCACUCAAUUCCGGGUUUGAAGUACUUCGGUAGCAAAAAAUCAUUGAAAGGGCUGUAUGUAUUUAUGUAUUAUUCAAUAACUAGUUCUAAUAAUUAGAUUGUGUGAUUUCUAAAUUAAAAUUAAUAACAUUUUUAUUUAAACAUAUCAAACUAACUGAUCAUUAAUUAAUUACAAAAAUAACAAAUUUUAUAACUUUUUAAGUUGAUUUAAUAGUUACUUAAUAACUUAAUGAGUUCAUUUUUAAUUAACAUACAAAUUUGAGUUCUAUAUGAAAUAAUGUACUCAAUCAAAGAAAACAAAAAAAAAUUAAAUUUUAAUUUAUAAAAAUAAAGAUACUUUUUAACUUUUUAAUUCAUCUAUUAAAAAUUAUUUUUUAAAUAUAGAUUUAAACUAUAUUUUAAAUCAUGAAGAAUCUUUAUAUGCUUGGGAUUUAAAAUAAAUUUUAAAAAACUAAACUUUUAUUCUACUAAAUUGAUAUACUUUUUUUACAGUAAUAUAUCAUGUCAAUUUUCAUCCAAGAUUGAAAAUUCUUGUUCUUUUAACCAACCUUCACUCAAAGAACCAAUGCCAAACUUACCCAAUGUUGUAUACAGUAAACAUAAACUGCAUAAUGUAAAAACAAACCUCACCCAACUACCUUGUGGCAUACGAAUUGCAUCUGAAGUUGCAUAUGGUGAAUUUUGUACAGUUGGAGGUAUAAUUUACUUUAAUUUUAUAAAAUGAAUAAACAAACUAUUAUCUAUUUAUAAUUAAACUAGUUUUUACUCAUAUUUAACAUAAACUUAUUAUUUUAUUAUUAUUUAUUAGUGGCAAUUAAUUCUGGUUGUCGAUAUGAAGUAGCAUAUCCAAGUGGCGUUAAUCAUUUUCUUGAGAAAUUGGCCUUCAAUGUUAGUAUUAUUUAUUGAAUUUUUUUUUAAAAAUUUUCACUGUACAAUUUAUAACUACAAUAAUCUAAUUAUUAGUCAACUUCAAAUUUUCCGGGAGACACUGAAGUUUUGGAUGAAAUUGAAAAGUAUAAUGGUUUGUGUGAUUCACAAUGUUCCCGGUAAUAUAUAUUUUUUAUUAAUUCAGACAUUUAAACAUAUUAGGUAUGUAUAAUAAUUUAUAUUUUUCUUUAUUUUAGUGAUGUAGCUUUAUAUGCAGCAAGUGCUAAUAGAAAACAUGUGGAUAAUAUUAUAAAGGUAAUAGCUGACGUAGUUUUACGGCCCAGGAUUACUGAAGAUGAGGUAAAUAAAAUAAUGUACUUCAAUGAUCUCAUUAUUUUGAAAUGAAAAUAAAUUGUUUUGGUAGUUGUAAAAAAAAAACAUCUUUUAUUAGAUUAGAAAGUUUAUAAAUAAUUAUUAACUUGUAUAAAUAUGUACAAGUAUGGUUUCAAUACCAGGAAAAAGACUGUUAUUUAUCCUAUUUGAAAUAGGAAUUAUAAAUAAGUUAAACAUUUUUUAAAUAUUUAAUUAAAAUAUCUUAAUAUUUGAAUACAGGUUAUGGCUGCAAGUAAAGCAAUUUUAUUUGAACAUGAUACAUUGAAGAUAAGUCCUGAACAAGACAAAUUGCUGGAAAAUUUAGUGCAUAUGGUAUAUAUAUUUUAAAAAUAGAUUUAUCAAUGUUUAAAAUAUAUUAUUUCUUAUUUAAAUCUAUAUUUUUUUUAUGUAGGCUGCUUUCCAACAAAAUACAUUGGGCUUAUCAAAACUUUGUCCUAUUGAAAAUAUUUCCAAAAUUAAUCGUAGUGUUUUAAUUACUUAUCUGAAAAAUCAUUAUGUUCCUGAAAGAAUUGUUAUUGGUGGUGUAGGAGUAGAUCAUCAACAAUUAGUUGAAAGUGUACAAAAGUAUUUUAAAUUUACAUUAUACUAUUAUUUCAUUGUUACAUAUUUGUAAUAUUUAGGUACUUUAUUGAUGAGAAACCAAUUUGGAACAAUGAAAAAAUUGAAUCAAUUAGUAUUGAUAACUCAAUACCACAAUACACUGGUGGAAUAAUUAAAGUAUGUGAUUAAUAUUUUUAUUAAUUAUGAGUAAUAUCUUAGUAUAAUAUAAAAAUCUAAUUUUGUAAUUUGAAUAUUUCUAAUUUUCCUUGAUUGAAUUGAGACAAUCAUUCAAAAUUAUGUGUAACAAUAAUAAGUACAAUUUAAGAAUUCUACAAAUUAAUAGUGAUUAACUUUUUCCCUUAAGGCUUUCGGGUUAAGAUUGUUUUAAAUGAAAAAUGUUUUAUAUGUUAUAUAGACAACCUACUUUUGUGUCAUCAUUGUUUUUUGUUUCCAAAUUAUUUUAUUUAUUUAUUAAAUAACAAUUGAUUAUGCAACUGAACAUAAAAUAAUAAGUAUAUUCGCAUACCACUUAUAUAUAUAAUGGAUCUAUCACGUACCACCUAAAACUAAAAAUUGAACAAUUUAUAUUUUUACAUUUAUUUUAAAAUGAUAAUAGUAUUAGAUCUAUUAAAAACAUUUGUAUGAAUAUUGAUUAAUUUAUUUUCUAUAUUGUUACCAUGUGGUUUUCUACGUAUCACUAUGCCUUCUACGUAACACAGUCUGAGAACUGCUGCUUUAAAAUACUGUAUGAUUAAUCAACAUUUGUUGGGCAUUAAAAUUACUAAUUGGUAACAAUCAUUUGAUAAAUUAUUGACAAACUUUUUCUUGGUUUAGUAUUUCUAAAUGUAAUGGAUAAUAAUAAAAAAAAAUACUUUUAAACAAUUACUACACAAAAUGUAAUAUUCAUUCUCAUAUUUGAUUAUAUAGUUUCAGUUAAGCUCAAAAAGUGUUUUGCUCUUGUUAUUUUUAAAUUUAGUGAGAAAAUAUAUUUCAUACGUUAAAUUGGAUCUAGUACAAGUAGUAAGAAAUUGUUUGGUUUAAGUAUUUACUCAUUAAUCAAAGUUUAAUAGUAUUAAUAUAGCCAGUUGUUUUAUAAAAAUAUAGUUUCUUAAAUAAAAUAAAAUUUAAAUGCUUAGAUCAGUUUUAAUACAUCUAUUUUAAAAUUAUACAGGAAGAUUGUGAUAUUCCUGCAUUUCCUGGACCAUCUGGAUUAGCUGUUUUGUCUCAUGUAAUGAUUGGCCUUGAAUCUAUACCUCUAGUAGGUAGUGAUGAUUUUGUUCCAUCGUGUGUAUUAAAUUUGAUGAUGGGCGGUGGUGGAUCCUUUAGUGCUGGUGGACCAGGAAAAGGAAUGUACACAAGGCUAUAUAGAAAUGUUUUAAACCGGUAUGAUUGAUAACUAAUAUUUUUAGUAUUUUACUUAUAAAUAUGUAAUACUUAAUUUUUACAUGUUUAGAUAUGGUUGGUUAUAUAGUGCAACUGCUUAUAACCAUGCAUAUACAGAUUGUGGAUUAUUUAGCAUUCAUGCUAGUGCUGAACCACAAUAUGUACGUGAUAUGGUUAAAGUAAUCAUAUAUGAAAUUGCUAAUAUGGCUAAUAAUAUUCAAAGGGAAGAACUUACUGUGUGUAUAAGUUUAAAUAAACUAUUAUUAUUAUUAUUAUAAACUGUAUUAAAUAAUACAUGUUUAGAAAAUAUUGAUUAGUUUUAUUUUAUUCUUAUAGAGAGCAAAGAAACAAUUGCAGUCUCUAUUACUGAUGAAUUUAGAAGCACGUCCUAUUGUAUUUGAAGACAUGGUUAGACAAAUUUUAGCUUGUGGUUAUCGAAAACAACCUGAACAAAUUCUUCAAGAAAUUGGUAGGACUUGUAUGAAAUUUAUUUAUUUGAUUGCUCUAGUUUUUAUUACAAAAAAAUAUUUCUAUUGGGAUAUGUUAAAAUUGAGUAUACACUCUAGUGUUAAGAAUUUUAACUAGUUGAACUGAGCACUGGCUGUUAAAAUAUUUGUAUUAUGUAUUGUUAGUUAAAUAUUGCAAUACCCAGUGAUAUGAUAGCCAUUGGAUAAAAUAUAAUUCAAUAUUAUAAGUCAAUUGUUAACUAUUAAAAAACAUUUUGAAAUAAGUUUUGUUUUACUGUAACUCAAGUAGUAAAUAUAAUUGACUAAUUUUGAAAAAACAGAUUUGGAAUAAAAGAAACACGUAUUUUAAAGACAAAAUUUAGUUUAACUAGGUGAAAAACAACUUGUAUUACAAAUCAGUGUUGUAUUUGCAGGUAAUUAUGUCAAGUGUUAGAAAGUUAUGUGUCAUAAAGUUGGAUAUCAUAAAUUUAAAUCUUAUAAAAGUUAUUUUUCAUAAAAAUUAUGUUAUAAAAAAUAAAUUACAACUAGACCUAACCUAACACAUGGAAAUUUUAAAUAUUUUCCACAUUCCCUAUAUUAGAUUUCUAGAUCAAAAUAAUUUUUUUUGUCAUAGGUCUACAUCAUUAUUGUUUAAUUGUUUAAUCUAUAUUUUUAAUCUGUGCGACACAAUACCCGGUUUUUUUUCGAGACGCGAUACCUUCCUUUUGCGCAUGAGACAAACUAGUGUUGGUUUAAUAAUAGUAAUAUACGAAUAUUUAACAAGCAAUACUUUUAAUAAGUUUUUUAUAUAAUUUAAUGCAAAUGGAAUUAAGUUUGACUGUUACUCCAUUCGUGAUAAUAUCCGACUACAAAAUAAAUGUAAAAGAUUAGAACAGAAUUAUGGGUAUCGUAUAAAAAAAGGUCUUAAGGUUAUCGCUUCCCAAUUUAAAAUUUAAAUAAUUACUCUAUAAUAGUAAAUUAUUUAUAGACAUUUUAUUGUUUAUAACAAAUUUCAAUAUCUGUGGUUUUUUUUUUAACAUAAUAUUAUGUUAUUUUAUAUUUUUAUAACAUAUGACUUUUAUGAGACUUAAAUUUUUGAUGUCCAACCUAAUGACAACACAUGACUUUCUAACUCUUGACCUAGAUUUGUAUUUGCAUGCCCAUUUCCUAGCGCCAUUUUUAUAAAUAGUCCAAAAUUGGCAUAUCUCAAUAGUUUUAAUUUUAUGUUCACUUGUAAUUAACUUCAACCUAAUAUCAGUGAUGUGAAAAAACGUGUUCAUUUUAUGUGAAUUGGACAUGAACACGUUCAAUUUUCUAAAACUAAGUUCUUUUUUAUAAAUGUAAUUGAUUAAUUCAUCAACAAGAUAAUUUCCAUAGGCUAUAGUUAUGUUUAUUACUAAUAUUUAAUUUAUUCAAGGAAAUUUUAAUUCCAUACAAUAAUAAUGCAAUGUUUAUUUUUUUAUUUUUCUAUCAGCAAUUUUGCUCUGAUUUACAAUGAUAGCACUUUUUCUGACUGGGGAGGUACAUUAGGGAGGACAUUUUUUGAUAUUCGAAAGAAUUUUCCCAAUAAAUUAUAAAAUAAAAAAGUCAAAUUUUUCAAUUUUCAGUUUUUUUUUUUAAUAAAAUAAAAAUAUUAUAAAUUACCCAAUGAAAUGGAAAAAUUUAUAUGUCAUUUUUAGUUUUUCUUUUGAAGUAUUUUUUGAUGAUUUUUAUUACUUUUAAAUCUGGGCCUUAGUGAUAUAAAGUAACACAUGUGCCUAAGUCAACAUUUUGAAAGAAAAUGUAAAAAAAAAAAAAAUUAAUAUUGACUGAAUUAUUAGCAUUCAGAUAAUAUUUUAGGACACUGUAUACAUAUAAACUUAUUAUUUUGUUACUGUCUAGUACCUACCUACUUAGUUGUUCAUAUUUAAUUUGCUGUUGUCAAGUGAAAAAUACUUAUACAAUUCUAUAAAAUAAUACUUGUAAUAUUAAUAGAUAAAUAUUUGAAUUGAAAUUGUGUUUCUUAGGAAAUGUAACUGAAGAAGACAUAGUAAGAGUUGUUAAGAAAAUGCUGGAUACCCCUCUGACAGUUGUUGCCCGCGGAAAUAUUUCAAAAUUACCGCUGAUGGAAGAAAUUCAAGAGUUGAUUCACACAAAACCAAGAGCAAACAUAUUUGGUCGUUUAUUAUAAUAUAUAUUAUAUAAUUUUGUUAGUGUACUUAUGUAUUGCAUUAAUUACAUUAAACAAUAAAUUUCAUUUUAUUAGUUCUAUUAUUAAUAAU